UCUGGACCAAUGGCCAGGGCUUUCUUUCAUCACUGCCCGCAGUUUAAAACUGUCAAGUGGCUGCUAGGAUAGCAGGUGUGCUUGCGUGGUUGCGGCGGCGACGCUGGGGACGCCGCGAGUGAGGAGUCGGCUCUGGCGGAGACGGUGGGUACCGGCGGCGGCGGCAGCCCGGCCAGUUCCUCCCAGAGAAGACCGGGGACGUCAUUCCUGGAGGUGCCCAGAAGAGAGGACGCAAGUGACGCCAACUGAGCUUCGCGGUUACCAGCCCAUUGACUGGACCCAUGGAUGUGGAACCCAGAGACACUGAAGGCUGACUGUACUGUAUGUCCACACCACAGCUUUCUUUACCCAGUGCUUCCAAGGUGACCUCAUGCCAAUAUACCUGGUACUGAACUCAUCACCCAUUCUCCAAAGUGUCAUCUUCCAUUCCUUGAUUCGCUUCUGUACAAGAUGUCAUCUGAUGAGGACAAAUUCUCACUUCAUGUUGCUCACAAUGACUCUGAUCAUGACAGCUCUGUCUCCACAGACCUUCAGGAAGAGUAUGAAGAGCUGCUCCGCUAUGCUAUUGUGAAUCCAAAUGUUGAGUCCAGUGCUUCACAGCCGUCUCAUCCGAAGGGAGAAGUGGCACCAGACAGAUUUCCUACACUAGCAGGGUCAUCACCAGUCUUGUCACCCAGGAAGCCCUCUCACCCAGUCAUGGAUUUUUUCAGUUCACAUAUUUUAGGUGACUCUUCCUCACCAGCCUCUGCUUCUACUCGUACAGAUGUCCAUGAAAUAUUGGUUGGUGAUCAUCUUGUUUCUGAUGAAAAUCUUCAGAAGGUGGAGAGUGUACUUGACAUCUGGAGUUCAGGUCUUAAGACAAACAUUAUAUCUGAAUUAAGUAAGUGGAGACUUAAUUUUAUUGACUGGCACCGAAUAGAGAUGAAAAAGGAGAAGGAAAAACAUGUGGCACUUGUAAAUCAGCUGUCGAACCAGAUCGCUGACUUGAAGGAGCUGCAAAAAGCCUUUGAGAUCUCCCUCGGGAGAAAGGAUGAGGUGAUUUCCAGCUUGUCUCAAGCCAUCAGCAAGCAAAAGGAAAGGAUAGAGUUAAUGAAAGCUUUCUUGCACUGGCGAAUUGGCCAUGUCAAAUCAAGACAAGAUGUCUAUGAAGGUAAACUGGCAGACCAGUACUUCCAGAGAACUUUGCUGAAGAAAGUCUGGAAGGGCUGGCGUUCCGUGGUACAGAGGCAGUGGAAAGAAGUGGUAGAACGGGCAUGCCAAGCGAGGGCUGAAGAAGUCUGUGUGCAUAUCUCCAAUGAUUAUGAAGCCAAACUUGCUGUGUUAUCUGGAGCUUUGGAAAAUGCAAAAGCUGAGAUUCAAAGAAUGCAACAGGAAAAAGAGCACUUCGAAGACUCCAUGAAGAAAGCGUUCAUGAGGGGGGUGUGCGCAUUAAACCUGGAAGCCAUGACCAUAUUUCAGAACAAAAAUGAUGCCGGGAUAGACUUCACUAAUAAUAAAAAGGAGGACGGUGGCCCUGGUGGUCUGGGACGAGAGCUUUCUGCUCAUUUGGAUACUUCUUCAUCUACAAUGCCAUCAGCAACAACAGCAACAGGAAUAGCCAGCGCCACUGCCAUUCCCUCCACCGCUUCCAUGACCUCUGCUGGAGCCACAUCCGCCUCUUCAGUUCAUGUUCCUGUCUCUGUUUUUGGUGCAGGAUAUAUCGCUGCUACUGCUCCAGAAGAAAUGUACAUACCAAGAGUUGUGACUUCAGCCCAGCAGAAAGCCGGGAAGACGAUUACAGCUCGGAUCACGGGUCGGUGUGAUUUUCCUUCCAAAACUAAAAUCAACAGUAGUUUGGCCAUCAUGGGAGUUUCUCCCCCCAUGAGCUCGGUGGUCGUGGAGAAGCAUCAUCCAGUCACAGUGGAUAGUGAGUUGCAAGAAAUAUAGAUGGUAUAAGGGAAGAUGCAUAGACCAGCAGGAAGCAGGUGAAAACCAUCCUAGUUGUUACCACCACUUGCUGCAUCUGGACAGAGACACAUCAAGUCAAAUAGUUCAGCCUCCAUUUUCUCUUCUGUGAAAUGGGGUUGGCGGAAGUACUGAGCUUCUGGAACAUCGUCAGGAUUCAGGAUUAAAUGAGAUAAUACAAAAAGUAAGGUGACAUCUACAGAAGCACUUUGUAAACUACGGAACCAUUAGGAAGCCUGCCUUACUAAAAGUUUACUAGGAAAGGAACAUGAGGUUUUUCUGUUCCUUUCUCUUUCUUUUCUAAUAAUUGAGUGUUUGUUUACAUGCUGUCUGUGCACCACAUGUAUGCCUGGUCCAGAAGAGGGUAUCAGAUCCCCUAGAUCUAGAGUUACAAAUAGAUUGGUUGUGAGCUGCCAUGUGGGUGCUAGGAAUGGAACAUCAGUCCUCUGCAAGAGUAGAAAGUGCUCUUAACGUUCUGGCUGUCUCUUCAGCCCUAGUAUUGUAGAGAGUAGAAGAACUGAGGAACUAGAAUCCUUUUAUUUAAAAGUUUUAGUGAAUUAAAAUAAAAUCACAUCAUUUCUCCAAUUCUUCCUACCUACCCCCCAUAUCUAACUCUCCUCCUCCUUCCUCCCAAAUUCAACUUGUUUUUAUUAGUUUCUUGUAGUGGAGUAGAAUUUUAUCUACUUUCAUCAAUUCCUUUUCUUCCAGUAUUAUAUCAUCCUUUCCUGUUUUCCUUAAUUUCCCUGAGUUCAGGUUAAGCAUCCAUCAAAUAGUUUAUUCAAACCUACACUUCAGGGAGCUAGAAUCUUAGAACCACUUUCUUUACCGUUCCCUCCUGGGCUGCCUGCUGCUAUUUAGCAUGUAUGCAGUACUUGUCUGGUAGUGAGUGGCUAUGAGAAAUCCAGAAACCCCUUCCAUACUUGCUUAGUUUUUGUCAUGUGACAGUUGUUGUCCUCUAUAGUGUUUGAAUUGUUUCCUGAGAAUCAAGAGCUAAACUAGCAGAAACCAUUAUUGCCAAUAAAGCAUGGAUCUGUUUGUAGCGCC